AUGGCCGUCCAGCGCAUCCGGAGACGACUGCGUUCGUGUUCCUUGCUGCUGGCCGCCUUCUUCUUCGUCUUCUUCUCGAUCUACAUCUACAUCAAGCCGUCGUCCAACCGCUUCUACGACGCCCACUACACCGAGUCCCCUGUCGAUCCCUUCCGCGGCCGCCAGAUCGCUUUCUGGAACUCCUUCCGCGACGUCCUCGAUCAAUAUGCUCCCAACUGCCCGCCGCCCGAACUCAAUGCCCAUGCCGAGGCUGUUCGCUUUGAUGCCAUACAGCCCUCCGCCCGCCCAGACCUGCUGGUCGUCCCCGAUGACCACCUCGAGGCGAUGAAGUCGGCGCACACCAGCUUCGUCGCAGAGAUCCGCCGAUCAAACACGUUGACUCCAAUCCACACGCCGGGAUCGCGCGGUUUGGUUUCCAUGGCUGGUGGCGCCUUCUUUCCACUGUUUCUAGCGCAGCUCCGCAUGCUUCGUCGCGCCAAGUCGACUCUGCCCGUGGAAGUGUUCUUGCGCGAUAAGAGCGAGUAUGAGAAACACCUGUGCGAAAAGGUCCUGCCGCAAUACAACGCCAAAUGCGUCGUACUAUCGGAGCUACUGGGCUCCACAAAACACAAGGGGGUGGAAAUUGAACACUACCAGUUCAGGACCUUCGCCGUGCUGUUCUCGUCCUUUGAGGAGGUGGUGUGGAUGGAUGCCGAGUGCUUCCCACUGUAUCGAGUUGAGGAUCUCCUAGACUCGGACCCUUUCAAUUCGACCGGCCUGGUGACUUGGCCUGACUUCUCUGCCUCCACAAUAUCCCCGCUCUUCUAUCACAUAGCGCAGCAGGAGGUUCCGUCGAUGGGCCUGCGCGCUGCGACAAAGACCGGAGUAUUCAUGAUCUCCAAACAGUCGCACUUCCUAACACUGCUGCUUGCAGCAUAUUAUAAUUACCACGGGCCAUCCCAUUAUUUCGCCCUCUUGCUGCAGGGUGCACCAGGGGCUGGAGACAAGGAGGCCUUCAUCCAAGCCGCAACGGCUCUAGGAGAGCCAGUCUACCCGGUCAGUGAGCGGGUAGAGACCUUGGCACAUAUUGUCGACAGCGGGGAGACUCUCGUCUCCGCCCUUGCCCAGUCGGAUCCGACUGAAGACUAUCGCUUGACAAGCGAGGGAAUCUGGCGGGUGCAAGACCCAGCAGCUGGCAAAGCUCCUCGCGUGUUUUUCAUUCACUCCAACUACCCCAAGUUUGACGCCAAUGACAACGUCUUUGGCCACAAAUGGGAUUCGUCGGGAUUCCAUGCCACUCGGCUGUGGACGACAGAGCUAGAUACCAUUAAAAGAUUUGGGUAUGAUGCCGAGAAGGCGUACUGGGAAGAGCUCCAGUGGGUCGCGUGCAAUUACGAACGAUCUUUUCAGGCGUGGGCAGACAAGAGUGGCAUUUGCAGCAAUCUGCAAGACUACUGGAAUACCGUCUUUGCUGAUGUCCAUGAUGAAGACCCGCAGUUUGUCAGUGACUAA